ACACGUGAAUAGUAUAGGAUUGGUUAAAAAUGAUAGAGUAAGGGAGAAAAUUUCUAAUUUUAAUAAAAAAAAUAAUUUGAUGAUCGGUUUUGAGUGCCCUAACAUAGAGUCACACAAAAAGCAGCAGCCGUCGUCGUCGUCCUCCUCCUCCGCUGCGUAAAGACCGGUCUAUGAGCUCUCCGUCGAGGAUUUCCACCAAAGUAGAAGUAAACAUGGCUGAUGAAGACGAGUUUAUUGGACAAAUGCACCAACAAUUGGUAAUCAUGAGUGGUCCGAUAACAGAUGCCAACAAUUUUGGGAUGAAGCCGGCUGCGAUAAUGAUGAUCCAACACGAACAAUUCGCCGGCCUCUCGAGAGACGAGGAGCCACAUGUGCACCUUGCUCAUUUUUCCAGACUCUGUGGGACCAUAAAGAUGGAAGGAGUGCCCGGUGAUGCCAUCAAGCUCAGGCUCUUUCCGUUUUCUCUCAAAGACGAGGCCAGGAAUUGGUUCUACUCAUUGGAAAGUGGAACCAUUUCCACUUGGGACGAAAUGGCGCGCACCUUCCUCGACAAGUACUACCCUUGGGCUAAAGCCUCGAAGUUGCGAAAGGAUAUUUGGACGUUCCGACAAAUGGAGGACGAGAGACUCUACGAGGCUUGGGAGAGAUUUAACGGGAUGCUGAGAAAGUGCCCUACUCACGGUCUUGAUAAAAGCGACAAAAUUACCGCAUUUUUUUAUGGAUGCAACUAUGAUACAAAACAAUGGCUGGAUGCCGCGGCGGGUGGAUCAAUGAUGAAGAAGACUUGUGGAGAAGCCACAAAAGUUAUUGAGAAGAUGGCUGCUAGUUCGUAUCGAUAGUGAACGAACCCCUGCAAUAGAUGUUGUCACUGCGGACCAUCUCACCUCUAUUCACCAGUAGUUGCCUAACAUGUUAUUUGACUUAUUUUUCAGUUUAACUCUAUUUCAUAUCCUACUUUGUCUUACUUCUGAGAUCAUGCUUGGACCUUGGUCCUUGAAUGUUUUAGAAAAUUAUUGUUAUGUUAUGGUUGAUUUAUAUAUUA